CACCCCUCGCGUCAUCGGACCGGAAGCGCGUGCGCGGGGCUGUAAGUUCUCGCGAGACUCGCCGGGAUCUCUCUCUUUCUCUCGCAGCCGCCGCCAUGCCCAGCAAACUAAGAAAGACGAGGAAGCUCCGUGGACACGUCAGUCACGGCCAUGGUCGUGUUGGCAAACACAGGAAGCAUCCCGGUGGUCGCGGUAAUGCCGGUGGUAUGCAUCAUCACAGAAUCAACUUUGAUAAAUACCAUCCUGGUUACUUCGGUAAGGUCGGCAUGAGGCAUUACCACUUGAAGAAGAAUCAGCAUUUUUGUCCCACAAUUAACUUGGACAAACUGUGGACUUUGGUCAGUGAGCAGACAAGACUGAACCACUCCAAGAACCCCGACGGACCAGCACCAGUCAUUGACGCAGUGCACGCUGGUUAUUACAAGGUGCUCGGCAAAGGGAAGCUCCCCAAGCAGCCAGUCAUUGUAAAAGCCAAGUUCUUCAGCAGACGCGCCGAGGAGAAGAUUAAAGGUGUCGGCGGUGCUUGUGUGCUGGUAGCAUAAAUGCUGUUUGAAACAAUGAUUAAACUUCCAUUCUGUA